AUGGAAGUGAAGAGAAUACAAACACUGGCUUUGAACCACCAGCUCAAGGAGCUUCCACCCCAGUUCAUUCGUCCAGCCAAUGAAAGGCCAGAGAACACCAAAGCCAUAGAAGGUGUCACUGUGCCCCUCAUCUCUCUAUCUCAACCACAUCAUCUUCUAGUGAAGGAAAUAGCUGAAGCUGCAUCUGAAUGGGGAUUUUUCCUCAUAACUGACCAUGGUAUAUCACAAACAUUGAUCCAACGUUUGCAAGAGGCUGGGAAGGACUUCUUUGCCCUCCCUCAAGAAGAUAAAGAGGCUUAUGCCAAUGACCCUUCCAAUGGUAAGUUUGAUGGCUAUGGCACAAAAAUGACCAAGAACCUUGAUGAAAAGGUGGAGUGGGUUGAUUAUUUUUUUCAUCUCAUGGCUCCUCCUUCUAAGGUCAACCUGGACAUGUGGCCCAAACAUCCUUCGUCCUACAGGGAAGUGACACAAGAAUACAACAAGGAGAUGUUAAGGGUAACUGAAAAGGUUUUGGAGCUUCUGUCGGAAGGGUUAGGGUUGGAGAAGAAGGUUUUGAAGUCUAGUUUGGGAGAUGAAGAAAUAGAACUAGAAAUGAAGAUAAAUAUGUAUCCUCCUUGCCCACAACCAGAUUUGGCUUUGGGUGUUGAGCCUCACACUGACAUGAGUGCCCUAACCCUACUCGUCCCAAAUGAAGUUCCAGGCCUGCAAGUUUGGAAGGACAAUAAUUGGGUUUCAGUUAAUUACUUGCAAAAUGCACUCUUGGUUCAUGUUGGUGAUCAGCUAGAGGUGUUAAGUAACGGAAAGUAUAAGAGUGUUCUACAUAGAAGCUUGGUGAACAAGGAACGAAUGCGAAUGUCAUGGGCAGUGUUUGUUGUGCCUCCACAUGAGGUGGUGAUAGGGCCUCUUCCUUCUCUCAUCGAUGAUCACAACCCACCAAAGUUUUCAACAAAAACCUAUGCUGAGUAUCGCUAUCGCAAGUUCAAUAAGCUUUCCCAGUCAGAGACAAAGUGA